UGGAUGCAUAAUAGUAAUUGCAUAACUAAAUUUCAAUGCAACGAAAAUAUAGAAAGUCACACGCAUCGCAACGGAACAAUUUCCAGUCCUUUCCACCCAGAGGCGUAUCCUGCAGGCAUUACGUGUCGGUACAACUUCACAGGUGUGGGCAGAGAACGAAUACAACUCAGGUUUCUUCAUAUAGAUUUAUAUUUUCCAAGUGGUGAUCCUGCUUCGCCUAUAGAUUGUGCGGGCCUAGACUCUGUGUCCGUCUAUAUUUACAUCAAUGGACAACUGGAGGAGCUGAACACCUGGUGUGGUCGCAAAUUGCCGCCGAUGCUCAUGUCCAACCAGCCUAAAAUGAUUGUAGAAUUUCGCAGCUACCAUUCCACGCCUACGGUCACCGGCUUCAAGGCUCAGUACAGUUUUGUCACAAAUUUUGGCAUUUACGAGGGUGUGCAAGAUAAUAGGGGAA